AUGUUUUUUCGUAAUCACCAUCAUACUAAUCUCAUUGUUAAUCAUUUUUUUCGAACAUCUCAUCAAAUUUGUUUUAAAUUUAUUCCGGAUAAAAGUCGUUUACCCGUAUUGAAUGAAAACGAUAUUGAAGAACAAUUCGUCCAGGGAAGUGGUCCUGGUGGACAGAAUGUAAAUCGUUUACAAAAUUGUGUAAUACUCAAACAUUUACCAACCGGUAUCAUUGUCAAAUGUCAUCAAGAACGAUUAUUACAACGUAAUCGUAAACUAGCACGACAACUUUUAUUACAACGUUUAGAUGUACAUUACAAUGGUACGGAUUCAAUUGUUGAACAAAAAAAACGAUAUAUUCUUUCACGAUUAGAACAACGUGAACAACGUUUUUCGGAUUUACCAAGCUAA